UUUCGCAGUGAAAGGAACCCACGCCGCUGCGUCCAUAUUCGGAUUCGUAGAGGCUGCAGAGUUUCUGGGGACUUGUGAAAGGCAACUUCUUAAACGUUCGGGGAAACUCGGCGCUCCUGCGUUGCUUUUCAGUGCUUCCGUUCAGACUAAAAGAAGAUGUGAUUACUCUUUCAGUCUCUGACAGGUAUCCGUUCUACCGGGAAGAAACAAAAUGAGAAUCACUCUCAUUGUUGCUGCUGCGUCCAUUCUCAUCAUUCAGCAGACACUGUGGUUGGGCAUAGAAGGGCAGUGCAAGGAACCAAGAGAAAUCUCCAAACUCAAUCUCUCUGUGACCUAUGACCUCCCCCACUUUGUGUCAAAUACACCUGUCCAGAAACUUCUAGUUUUCAAUGGAAGCGUAUAUGUGGGUGCUACCAACAAACUCACUGCCUUAUCAGAGGAUCUCAAGAAGACGCACGAGUAUAAAACUGGACCUGUCCAUGAGGGCCCACGAUGCAGUGCUUGUGAGGGCUGCAGGGACCAGCCGCCCAACGCUAACAACACCAGCAUGGCUUUGCUGAUGGAGACCUACUAUGACCCUGAGCUCUUCAGCUGUGGGACAGUGGGGAACGGCGUGUGUAGCCGCCACUUGCUGGAAGACGGUGAGCUGGACGUUGAGGUGAACUGCCUGGGCUCACAUAACAAAGACGGGAGCCGCUAUGUCGCCGGCCCUGCUGGAACCCAGAUAGUAAACGUGGAAGUCGGUGGUGUCGUGAGGUUCUUUGUCGCUAAUUCAGAGCCUCUCAACUCCUCUCUACCUUCCUCUUCACGUCUCCACCACACGAUCUCCAUACGGAAGAUGUGGGAGACCCAAGACCGCUUUGAGUUUGUCUCUGAGCAUUCCUACAUGGACCUGACCCCUGGGCUGCAUGGGAAUUAUCCCCUGCACUACAUCUACUCCUUUCAGAGUGGCGCAUAUGUCUAUUUCCUCACCGUACAGCGGGAAGGCGGCACGUCCAAGGCCUUCCACACACGCAUCGUCCGCAUGUGCUCGUCCGACCUGGAGCUUCUGCACUACGUGGAGAUGCCCUUUGAGUGCAUCUACUCAGAGAAGGGGAGGAGGAAGCGCUCCACCCAGAUGGUGUUCAACAUCCUUCAGGCGGCACACGUGGCCAAAGCCGGAAAUGACCUGCGCAGAGACAUGGAUCUGAAGGAAGAAGAUGAUGUGCUUUUUGCUGCGUUUGCACGUAGCAAACCAGACUCUCCUGAGCCCACAGCCAGUUCUACAGUGUGUGUGAUCUCAGUUGCUGAAAUCAACAGCUUUUUCAAGGAUUUCAUUCAGAAGGGCCAUACCAAGCCGCUCUACCACUUAUCUGGCACUGAAAUGAAACCUUUCAAUGAGACCUCCUUUGGCUGUGGAAAACACGAGAAGGGCUACAGGCUGGAGGUUACCAGGACCCACCCACGUAAAGACUGGUUCAAUGGCCGCUUCCGGAACGUUCUCCUGACCUCCAUUGCUGUGGUGCCAAUGCAGGACCACACGGUGGCUACCCUUGGAACUGCAGAUGGGCGGAUCAUCCAGGUGGUGGUUUCCCGUUUUGGCAACACAGAGCCGCAUGUGGAUUUCCUCUUGGACACACGCCCCGUGUCCUCAGAGGUCGCUGUUCUGUCUCCAGAGCGCCCAGACGCGUCCUUAUUGCUCGUCACAGGAAACAAGGUAUCUAAGGUGCCCGUGAUCGGUCCUGGCUGUGAGCACUUGUGGAACUGCAGCACGUGUCUCCUGGCUCCUGCCUUCAUGGGCUGCGGAUGGUGCCGGAACAGGAAUCUCUGCACUCGCUCACCUCAGUGCGCUGCUUCCCAUUGGAGCCAAGAUUCCUGUCCCCUUCUCAUCACCAAGGUCUUUCCUGCCGCUGCCCCACUGAAAGGCCACACCAACAUCACGAUCUGUGGCAAGAACUUUGGCUUCAGUAAGAAAGACCGCUUUGAUGGCAAGCUUAUUGAGGUUGAUGUGGCUGGAGCAAAGUGCAAGAUGACCAAGAAGGACAGUAGCAAUCACCGGUUGGUCUGUCGCCUGGAUCAUGUGAACGUGUCCAAUUCUGAUAGUUGGGUGAAAGUACGUAGUGGUAAGGAGGAAGAACAGUUCAUGGGCUUCUCAUUUGUGAACCCUGUUAUUAAAGGAAUCUUCCCUGAGUUUGGGCCCAAAUCUGGGGGAACCAGGCUGACCAUCAGGGGCUCCUACCUGAACAGUGGCAGCUCACGGAAGGUUACAAUUGGAGGUGCCACCUGUGUGGUUCAGAGUGAAUCGGCCGACAUGCUGACGUGUCAGACUCCAUCUCAAGACUCGCCCUCCCAGCACAAGGUGCAGCUACACAUGGAUGGAGUGAUACGUGAAGCUCCUGCCAACUACACCUACAACGAGGACCCGCUCAUCCACAGUGUUCAGCCCACUCGCUCCUUCAUCAGCGGAGGCAGCACAGUAACAGCAGCUGGCGUCUAUCUCCACUCAGCCAAGCAGCCUCAGAUGGUUCUCAGUGGGCCUGCCUUCAACAAAGACAAAGAGGUUUCCGUGACCUGCACGCAGGGUGAAGACAAGCUGGCCAUCGUCUGCAUCACUCCCUCACUGAAAGGCCUGAACAUUCAGCCUCCAGUUGCAACCAAGAUGAAGUUUAUGCUCGACGGCUUCUCAACGCGGCAGUAUGACUUGACCUACGUGGAGGACCCCAAGUUUGAGGAGUUUCAGAAGCCCACACUCACUCCCAGAGGCAGUAAGAGUGUGUUGGAGAUCAAGGUCCCUCGUGUGGACGUGGAGGCCGUGAAGGGUGAGGUGCUGCGGGUGUCCAACCGCUCCUGUGAGAGUGUCACUCUGGUGGGGAACACUCUGGAGUGCACCGUGCCCUCUGAGCUCCACACCGCCACCAACGAGCUGGAGGUGGAGUGGAUGCAGGCCUCGUCCUCAGUGAUUCUGGGUCGUGUAGUUCUGGCACAGGAGCAGGACUACAGGCCGCUGGUCACUGGUGUGGUGUGUGUGUCCACACUGCUGCUAAUGCUGCUCGCUUUGUUCGCCUGGAUCAAGAGGAAGAAGCACAUUGAUGAUUUAGCUGAGGGGAUGGUUUGGUAUGACGGUCGUGCUCACAUACCUCACUUGGACAUGCUGGCAAACGCGAGGAGUGUCAGUCCCACUAAUGAAAUGGUGUCUCACGAGUCUCUGGACUAUAGAACCACUUUGCUUGAGGAUCAGAGCUUGCCUACAUCCCAGAGCGAGUCGUGUCGCCCUGCCCUGUAUCCGCAUGCGCACCUGGACCUGUCGCCCAUGCUGGGAGCAGCAGAAGGGGACCUGGCCUCUCCGCUCCUGCCUGCUCCUGCCCCUGUAGACCUGAGCUGCCUGCACCCGGAGCUGCUGAAGGAGGUGCAGCACGUGGUCAUCGCCAGAGAAGACCUGCUCCUCCAUGUCAGUGAGGUCAUCGGAAGAGGACACUUUGGCUGUGUGUUCCACGGGACUCUGCUGGAACCAGACGGCCAGAAGCAGCACUGCGCAGUCAAGUCCCUAAACCGUAUCACAGAUAUAGAGGAGGUGUCUCAGUUCCUGAAGGAGGGCAUCAUCAUGAAGGACUUCAGCCACCCCAACGUGCUCUCCCUGCUGGGCAUCUGCCUGCCCAGCGAGGGCUCUCCGCUGGUGGUGUUGCCCUACAUGAAGCACGGAGACCUGCGCAACUUCAUCAGGGACGAGAGCCACAGCCCCACAGUAAAGGACCUCAUGGGCUUUGGCCUGCAGGUGGCAAAAGGCAUGGAGUAUCUCGCCAGCAAGAAGUUUGUCCACCGAGAUCUCGCAGCCCGCAACUGCAUGCUAGAUGAGAGCUACACAGUGAAGGUAGCUGACUUUGGCCUGGCCAGAGAUGUGUAUGAUAAAGAAUAUUACAGUGUGCACAACAAGAGUGGCGUCAAGCUGCCUGUUAAAUGGAUGGCACUGGAGAGCCUACAGACUCACAAGUUCACCACCAAGUCUGAUGUUUGGUCCUUUGGUGUGUUGCUAUGGGAACUCAUGACCCGAGGUGCUCCGCCCUAUUCCGAUGUAAACUCCUUUGACAUUACUGUGUUCCUCUUGCAAGGCCGAAGACUGCUUCAGCCAGAGUUCUGCCCGGAUGCCCUCUACAAUGUGAUGAUCGAGUGUUGGCACCCUAAACCUGAGCGCCGGCCCACUUUCUCCGAGCUCGUCUCGCGUAUCUCGGCCAUCUUCUCCAGCUUCAGCGGAGAGCACUACGUCCUCCUGAACACCACAUAUGUCAACAUCGACAAGAUGACGCCCUACCCCUCUCUCAUCUCCUCUCAGAACCACCUGGACCGGGACUGCUGCACCUGACGGAGAGACGGUGAGACAGAGAGCGAGACUGUGCCUCUGCUCUUCGUCUGCUGCGUAAGACUCAAAGAUGCUGGACUCUGUUCCAGGGACAGUUGUGCACUCUGUAAAGAGGAGGAAUGCUGCCCAGGGCCGCUGCUGAAGACCGUAAAGGGAAGCUAAUUGUCUUUAUCAUUGUAGAUGGAGUACAGCCCUCUGAAGCAGGAGCUGUGGAGGGAGCUCUGUCCUCCAGGCCUGCUGAUACCGACCUCUCUUUUGCAGCAGGCUGGAUGCAUACUGACACACUUGACUGUAUGAUCUGUCAGCUUUCACCCAGCCCAUACUGCAUGGACCAAAUAGCCAAGCACAGAACAGCCACCCUCUCUGACUGGGAGCAGGGUGCUGACGGGCUGCACGCUACUGCCAGGGUUUCGGCAUUUCAUUUAAAACAUUUUCACUUAGGUGAAAUUUGAAUAGGGUUGAGUGAAAGCGAUGUAGUUCGAGGGCAUUGACAAAAAUUGCACUCAAGCAGAAUCAUCUUGAUCAGACUGUCCAGAGUCUGAGUCGUGAUCUACUGAUGAUGCUCAUGAUAUUGUCUUGAUGAAAGGAGAUCUUGAACUCCUGAUCUAUAUGGGAGAAGUUCUGAUUGUCCCUCUUCCUCUGUGGUGGUUUGUGCUGCUGGCUGUGUGAAUGUGCUGGUGAUUGUGUGAAAUCACCAUUCUAGGACCUCAUGUGUGUCUUCACUCUCUGACUGAACCAAGCACAUCAGCACAGGAUUCUGUCAGGUUGACACUGGAUGCAUUACAUGUGACAUUAUGUAUGAGGAAGCUUUUGAUAUAGCUUUGAAUGUUCUUCAAACUACUCUAUUCCAUUCUGUGUUCAGCCGAUCAGAAAUGUACAAAUGUUUCUUUGUGUGUUUUUUCAGCUGAAUUUCAAAUCUCAAUAGUUGACCUUAAAUGACCAAUAAUGCUUGAAAAAGAGCUUCUUAAACAUUGCAUUAUGCUAUAUUUUUUAUACAGUCUGAAUGAAAUGGAAUUUGAAGUCACUCAGCUUGCAUAUUAGCAAUGUAGCAAAUAUGACAAUGAAUGUGAUUUUUAGCAUAGAUCCACUGAGAGGUGUAAAUAAUGUAUUUGUAUUUCUUUUGUCUAGCCUGCUGUGCGAUACAUGUAUAUUGAGCCUGUGCAGUUUGCAGCAUAGAAAUUGGUACCAUUCAAAUAUAUUACGGUAGCAGUUUACAUUUUAUCAAUGAUCUUGUGUAGUGUAAAAAAAAAAAUUGGCAUUGUACAUUGAACUACUUGUACCAGUCUUUUUCUGUGUAGAGCCAUGACUGUCAAAAUAGCUGUGUGGUCACUCUAUGAAUAUGGUACAAAUAACAGUAUUUCUAUUUUCUUUGUAACCCGGUUGAAUAAAGCUGGUCUGUCAUCA